UCCAAAAUUGAAUUGAAAGUACAAAGUUCAAACUUUGAGUUAUUUCAUUUCGGUUCGUGCAUCGAGUAAUCGUUUCGAAUUAAAUUUAUGGUGUAAUUACAGUACGCCAGAAUUGAUUUGCAAAUAUCGUUGAUUCGGUGUGAUACUGAUACAAUGGCUACCGAUAUUGAAUCCCGCAAACUGAUUAAUUUACGUGUAAUAGACUUGAGAACAGAAUUAGCGAAACGGAAUCUUGAUAAAACUGGCGUUAAAAAUGAACUUAUCGAACGAUUACAAAAGGCUUUGAUAGCUGAUGGGUAUGAUCCCGAAGAAUAUAUUUUCGAUAUAGAUACAGUGGAUAAGAAGCCAUCGCGCAAUAGUAAAAGACGCACAAUGGGUGAAGGUGAUUUGGAUAAAGAAGAUAGCGGUGCUAAUGAUUCAUCAUUUGUAUCCGAAGAAGACGCGCAAGAGAACAAAGAAGAUGAAGUUACGCAGGUUGAACAAAAUAAAGAAAAUUCACCCCAAGAAUCCAAUACGACUACAAGCGAGACCAAAACGUCAACGCCGCCGCAACAGCAACAACAACAAGCGCAAGAAACAUCGCCCAGCGACAACGUCGAAAAACCAGCGGAAAAGACCGCCGAAGUUAGCGAAGAUAAAAUCGAAUUAAAUGCGUCGUCUACUACUAUAACAGACGACGCUGCAUCAUCGACUCCUGACAAAAAAGCUGAAUCUAGUACGACGGAAACAACGACUGUUGCUGCUCCUGCUGCUGCUACCUCUACUACUGCUGCUGCUCCCACCGCUGCUGCUACUGCUGCUGCUGCUCAAGAAACUCCUGUUAAAGAUGAAAAUGCACCUCCUAAAGAGCAACGAAAUACUAUUGCCAAAAAAACCAUUACAGAAGAAUCCAAAGAGAAACCGAACGAUACGAAUAAGGAAGAUAAUGAAGAUUCUAUCAAUUUAACCAUCGGCGAAGAUGAAGUCAAGUUAUUUGGUGAAGAGGAAGAAUCGUCUCAUGAAAAAGAUACCAAGGAUGACCAACAACAGAGCGGUAAUGCGGGUCAGGAAGGUGAAAAGGAAUCUAAUGCCGAUAAGAAUUCUGCUGCGAAAAGCGAACAAGAGAAACAAGAUCAAAAAACACCGGUUAAAAAGGUAACGACGCCGAAAGGAAAUGGAAGCAGUAGAAAUUUAUGGGUCAGUGGAUUAUCUUCGAUGACCAGAGCAACCGAUUUGAAAACCUUAUUCUCGAAGUUUGGAAAGGUUGUUGGAGCGAAAAUUGUAACUAAUGCUAAAACCCCUGGAUCGAGAUGUUAUGGAUAUGUUACCAUGUUGUCCGCAGAUGAUGCUACCGUCAGUAUGCAGAAUUUGAACAAGACCGAAUUGGAUGGUAGAAUGAUUUCGGUGGAAAGAGCCAAGGACGACGGAACUGGACCUGCCAGACCCAAAGUUGCCAAAAAGGAACCCGAAAAGAAAAAAGUAGGAGCUGAAGCUGCCGAUGACAAAAAACCCGAUAUCAAGAAACCCGCCGCCGCUAAAACCGCCGAAGGUGAAGCGAAACCUGACGACAAAAAAGAUGAAAAGAAAAGCACUUCGAUUAAAGACGUCUCCGAAGAUGUUAACGGUGAAAGUAAAACUGGCAGUCCUAAAAGCGAUAAGAUCGAUCAUCGGGGCCGACCUGCUGGCAAUCGAGGCUUCGUACACGAUUUCAGGAACAGAUCCAGAGAAAAUGGAAAACCUCGUUCGGGUGUUUUGACGUUUGCCCAGAUUAAAGAGGAACGCGAACGUAACAGAUUGAAAGAAAAAGAACGAGCUUUACGUAUCGAAGAAAGAAGACGUCAUAUUGAACGAGAUCGUCAACGUGAAAUCGAACGAAGACAACGUGAAGAAGCUGUACGUCUAGAAAGAGAACGCGUGAAAUUGAAAAUGGAACGCGAAAAGAUCGAAAGAGAGAAAGCCGAAUUACUGAAACUGGAAAGGGAAGCUCAACGCAUAGAACGCGAACGAUUACAACGCGAAAAAGAAGAAAUACGCAGAGCGCAAAUGAAACUAGAAGAGUCUCGCAGAGCCAUCAAGAGACCAAUGGAAAUUCCGCGCAAUUUCGACGAUGAUCGUAAACGCCGUCCUCCUUCGCCGGAUCGAAGACAUAAUAUUCACGUAUCUUCUUCGUCAUCGAAUAGAAAAGAAAUCCCACCUAGAAGCAACGGCGCUCGUGGCCGUUCCCCACCUUACGCAUCCAGCCGACGUGACGGAUACGAUAAUAGCGGCAUGGAUUCGUCCAGAAAAGAGGCAUUAUCUCAUUCAUCACGCGAUAAAUCAGGCAAAGACAGUUCCAGGGUUGUGUUUCACAACAGAUACGAUCAUCACAGUUCUUACAAGAGUACUAGUUCUCACGCAUCCGAAGACGUUAGAUCGAACGAUUUGAGACAUCGGUAUCAAGACAUAGCUAGUAAAUCAUCCAGUGCUAAAGAAACUAACCGUUACGAUCGAAAUGUACCGAGCGAAGGCUGGUCCAGAUCCGCAUCCGGUAUGUCAUCUGCGAUCAAAUCAUUCAGCGGCGGUUUAAGCAGCGGCGGCAGUACAUCUAUAUCGUCCAGAGAUCCUUGGCAGCCGAGUUCCAGCGAGAGGAAAUCGGAUGCGCCACCUCCGUGGGCCCGAUCCGGCGGCGGCGGCUCCACGUCCGAUAGAUGGGCGAAUCCGAGCGGAUCAUCAUCCUCCAUGAGCAUGAAUCGUAGCGGACCUAUUGGUGGCAGUAGCAGCACGAUGUUCGGUGGCAGCGGAGGCUAUUCGGAUGCGAUACCUAGUAUGGGUAUGAUGAAUAUGCAAUCGAGUGCAUCUUAUAACGAUAGAUUCGACGCGUAUAAAACAGGAAUUCGGAAGUAUUAGACGCUGGAUGUCGAGCUGUUCUCUGUUGAUUGAUAUUUUACACGAACGAUGUACGUUUGUUUUCAUCUUACUACUUUUAUCUUUAUUAUUAUUUUUUUAAAAAGAGAUGAGAUAUUUUAGAGAUGAAUUACGUAUGUUAUAUUUAUUAUAAUUUGUAUGGUGUGCUUCAUUCCGUAUGUACUGCGAUACUUAAUUUUUUCUGUUUGUUUUUCCCCCCCUCUCGACGAAUUCAUAGUAAAUUGUACUAUUUUGGCGCACGUGCUGUAUUUUUAUAAGGACUCUAUUGAUACGAAAUGUAUAUAUUCGUGUAUAUGUUUUAAAUAAAAGUGUCAAAUCAUUUGUAUAAAA